UGGCGGCUAGCGGAUAUUUGUGCUAUUUUAAAUCAUUUAUAUUUGGUAGAUUUGCAAAAAUCAUUUUUGUUUUAUUAUUUAACAUAGUUCAGCUGGUUUCUAUUAUUCAAAAAAGCGUUCAGAUCAACAAGAAACAAAAAUUAUUCUUUAAAAAAAAUGAGUCGGUCUGAUGUGGGCGCAUUUAAGAAGAGAUACGUACCAAAACCCAACAAAUAUAUUGUACUAAUGGGGGAUGUAGGAAGUGGCAAAUCUACAAUUCUUGAGCAACUGACUGGCGCUGAAAACAGAAGUUCUGCGAGUUCUAAAAGCUACACGCGAGCCACUGCAGUGAUCAGUACCAAAGAUGGGUCCCUGGUAGUUGCUGACACUCCUGGAAGCAAUCCGAUUGACGACCCGUUCCAGCAUAAUCUGCACAUCAUGCAUGCUAUCAAUUUCAUGCCUGUAAAUUGCAUCCUAAAUGUUGUGAAAGCGGAUCAACGAACUGAUAAUGUAAUAAGCAAAAUUAUCCAAUACUCUAGUAGGUUCAUCCCCGAAGACCUACCCCCAGAACUUUUAGGUGUAUGCAUAACGCAUAUGGACCAGGUAACAUGGAACAAUCAAGAAUGUCUUGACCUUCUGAAGCGAAAAGCUGGAAUACGUUCGGCUGUUUUCUGCGGACUGAACACCAGCAAAACGGAUUUAAGGGAAUCUAUCAUGAGACAGAUUAAAAGAAAGCCUGCUAGAAACAUCAACAUCGACAAAAAAUUGUUCCUGAAGAUAUUCGAUAUCGCAGAUGGGAACAUAAAAAUAAUGCGUGACACCAGAAAUGAACUCAAGCACCUCCAGAAAAUAACAGAAGUUUUCUAUGAGGAACGAGAGAAGUUCGCAGAAGAGGACCAAGUUGAUCUAAUCUUUGAGUUUCAAGCUUGGGUACUUGAAAAAAUCACAGAUGCACAAGUGCGUGUCUCAAACUCGAAUAACUUCACCUUUCUUGGACCUACAUCAGCUUCAGAAGCCGGACAUAUUGCUAAUAUGACCAACCAGAUGAGAAAGAUUAUUGCAGGGAUCCGAGUGGAGGCUUCUAAAUACUACAAGGACGUCGACAGCAAUUUCCGCAAAUGCCCUCACUGUUCACUUGUGUGGCAGAAGAUCGAGGGUUGUGAUGGUUCAACGGAGUGCGGUGCUCGACCUUCGACUGAUCUUGCUCAUGAUUUGAGAAGAGCAGCAGAUGAGAUGGCUACCUUUAGCUUCUGCUAUGAUUACAGUGAGUACCGAUUUCAAGUUACCAAAUCUGAUACGAAGAAGCAGCUCAACGUAAAGAGUUACGACAACUCGGGAAAAGGAAUCGGGUGCGGCAAGAGAGUUAAGUGGUCAAAAAUGGCUCCAGUCAGGGCACCAGAAUGUUUUGAUGUUACGGUGAUGGAUAACUCAUACACUGGUGACAUAAACCCACUACCGCCGCGAGCUAGUAGACGUUUCGGUGCCACAUACGAGCAAGAGUCGAAGAAGUUGCCAACUUUAGAAGUGGAACAGGGCAAGGAGUGAGAUUAAUGACUUGUGAAGUCCU